UUCGACCUUUGUCAGAGAAAUCUUCCUAUUGUAAUUGGUCGGUGAUGUGAUGGGAUGAACAGGUGAAUUGUUUUUUAGAGAGCCAAUGAAUCUUCAUUGCACCAGCCUUUCGUGUUCCUGUUUAUGUCGUUGAAAUUACCAUGGUUCUUGUUUCGAAUUAUGAGCAGUAGGAUCAAGGAAUUAGAGUGGUUUCCAACUGUCGAGUAUAAGCAGUAUGACUGCGGAUCCAACAUAGUCGGUACGCCAGAUAAAAUAUUUUUUUAAAGUUGUAGGUAUCAUUCAGUGUGACUAAAUAGAGCUUUUCAUUAACGUGUGUUAUAAUUGCGUCAUUGAGAAAAAGACUUUUGUUUUAAGGUAACCUCUAAAUAUUGUAAUUUAUUUCUGUAACAAUUUAGUGCUAUUUAUUUAUUAAAAUAAAAUUCGUACUGUGGUGGUUUUAAUUUAACCUUCACAUCUAUUCCAAUAUUAAUUAAUAAAAUUUCAUAGUUUAAAUCACGAACUAUUUUAAACCAGUGUUCAUGUCGGUUGUAAAAUAGUUGCACAUUAUUGGAUGUUGGCUCAGUAGUCUAAAGCUUAAGGGUUGCGCACGAAAUAAAUGAUCCUAAGUCCGAUUCCCAGACCCAGGAUCGUGGGUGCGCACUCGUCAGGAUUCCGAUAAUAAGUCGAGACGGCCGUCCGGUGAUGUUUCCAAAUAAACGUUUGUAACUUUCCGUUGGUAAUAUCCACAACUGAGAUUGAUUAUCACUCUCAGUAGAUUUAUUUGUGCACCUUGAGCGGAUUACCUAUAUAUUAUUUGAUCUCACAAGUUUUAGUUUACUAGGUGUUUAAAUAUCAAUAAAAUGCAGGUUUCGCGUUUCGUCGUAUUUGAGAGUCAUCAACUGAAGGUACCUAGAUCUUGGUGUUGGUGUUGAGACUGAUCAUUUACAGUCUUGAGUAUCAACAAAAGGAAACUACACUUUAGAAGCUGUCCUUAGAUACAGUAGCUUAGUGAAUAACACGUGUAUUUGAAGGAAAAUGUGGCGAGUUCGAGCUUCAAUAUCAACGUUAGAUUACGGGUCCAUAAGUCUAAUGAGUCUGAAAUGGGAUGGGACGAGUAUCAUAAAUUCCACUGCUAAGCACGUAUCAAGUAUACUAAAAGUAUUUUAUACUUUUCGAUAAACAAAGUAUUUGGAACCGACGCAAAAAUAAUUAUACAAACCUCAGUAAAUCGGUUUUUUGGUUGAUAUAGAAUUCUAGAAUUUAAUGACUGGUUGAUAUUAUGACUUCAUGAUUUUAACUGUUGUAACAAAUUUGACAGUUUACGGGAAAUAAUGAAAAGUAUUGUUUUUGCUUACGUAACUCUUCAUCUUUUGUGUUAUGUUCUUGUUAACACUGACAAUUUUUCUGUAUUGUACACGGUUUUAUCUACUUUUUUUCUUUCUACUGAAUCUCAUUCCACAGCUUUGCCAGUAUCGAAAUUUAAUUUCCAAUCAAGAAGAAAUACACUUUUUGAUAAAUCAAUCACAAUAGGUCAUACCAGUGGAUACAUAUCUGGACCGUAUACAUCACCAGCUUUACAACAUGAUCAACAUUUUCUACCUUUUCCAAAUCCACACCUUCAAAAUCAUCCUCAAGAAAGUCAUCAACAACGGCAACAACAACAGUCUGUUGAUAUUCCUACUGGUCAAUCACGUUGUGAUCCCGGUGGAUUUUCACAAUAUCAUCAUUAUCAAAAUAAUUUUGUAUUUCCAUCGGCCGGUUCAUGUGAUCUUGAUGCUACAAUGUAUUUACAUAAUGACUCUGAUCGACGUGGUUUUACGGGAUAUUUCGGAUCGAAUUGUCAACACAUACAAAAGCAAACACUAUCGACCACACCAGGUAUACCUAUGGCACCCUUAGCCGUCAGUUAUUGGUCAUGUACAUAUCCCAGUUUACCAUCUCCAGAUUAUCCUAUUCAACACUCAGAAAUGAAUCGCAACCCUACUAAUGUCAACACAAACAGUCGACAACCAUGUCAUAUUCAUGAACAUUGUCCUUCGGACAAUGUAAUAUCUCAUAGUUUUAUAAAUAGUUUACCACAAUCAAAUUAUACAACACCGUUGAUGAUUCAUUCACCGCGACAACAAUGUCCUCAGAGUAAUCAAUAUUUACCAUUCCAUGGAAAACAACUUGCUACAUCGAAUAAGUUGACAAGUCAAGUCCGUAUUAACACUGUUAGUAACUUUCAUAACACUAAUCAAUCGCGUCGCCGUUAUCAUCAAAAUGGUAACACUAAUAGUGGUGGGUCCGUUGAAGAGUUUAAUAAAAGGUUACAAAAGCAUUCAUCAGGCGAUGAUAGUGUUCUUCACCAUCAUAAAUCAGAAGAAUUUAUUCACAAUAGUAUAAUUACUGAUGAUAACGAUAAAAAUUAUAUUAAUGAUAAUAAUAAUAAUGAUAGUAAUAAUAAUCAUUCACUUUCUAUCGGUGCGUUAAAACAAAACCCUACCAAUGGAAUAAAGAAAUAUCAUUCUGAAAAGUGUAAAACUAUCAUUACUACUACUACUAGUAGUAGUAGUAGCACUCACAAUACUACUGCUUCUACUAAUCAUAUAGGUCAUCAUCAACAGCGAUUCAAUGGUCAAGCAAGUACCAAUGAAAAUGUUGUCAUUACCUCUCGUAGCAGUCAUAAUUCGAUUCGUGCUAUUAACCCUACUGAUAUUGCUAAAACAAAUAAUAAUGAUGAUAAUAAUAAUAUCCGUAAAAGUACUAAGAAUUGUUUAAAUGAGCAGGAACAACAGUACCAACACGAUUAUUAUGAUAGUUAUACAACUGGGAUGGAAAAAGUUAACACUGUGCCUCGUAAUGAAUAUAAAAAGAAUAGUUUUAAGUCUAGGACUAAUCAUACUAAUACCACUACCAAUGCUAAUACUUAUAUUAGUCAUAAUAAUGCCAUCAUUACAUCAACUAUUAACUCUGUUACAAGUAGAAUUAAAACAAUCAAUCAAGAUAAAAAGAAUUUAAUUAAAAAUACUGAGGUUAUUAUAAUAAAAAGUACUCCGUCUAACAGAAAAUUAUCUGAUUCAAAUUUAAAACCUAUUGGAUUAGUUACAGAUGAAACAGAGUGGCCAAGACUUGGAACUAGUGUGAAUUCACUUCAAACAUCAACUGUCAAUAAUUCUCAACGAUCGUCAUCUAAAUUAAAUGUUGUUCUGAAUGAUGAUGUUGGUGAUGAUAAUAAUAAUAAUGCUCAAUCGAUAACAUUAUCACAUAAUUCCAAAUCUAAUUCACUUGAUAUUGAUAAUAAUAAUAAUAAAGUUGAGAUCAAUCAUCAAUCAUCAUUGUCAACAUUCAAAUUGACCGGAUGAAAAAUGUUCCUGAAUCUCCAUGAAAUUCAUUGAGAAAAUCUUUUUUUUCAAGAAAAUAUUGUAAAACAGUUUGUUUUCUCAUUCAUUAUUCAAUUUGUUUUUAUUUUGUUUGUUAAAAUUAGGAAUUUUUAUUCUUUUUUAAAAGAAAAAUAUUUUUCAUGAUUCGUUGUUUAUUCCAUCGUUUUAUUGAUUUCUAUGUUUACUGCUUUUUAUCUUUAUUUCAUUUUCUUUUAUCUUUUAAUGUUUUCUUUAAUGGUUAAACUUUUUUCUUGUUGUUGAUUAAAACUGUUAUGAAGAAGGGAAUAACAAUGUUUUGUUAUUGU